UGUGCUGCUCACUCACUGUGCCGUGGAUGCUUGCUAGCGUGCAGAGUCAUUUCAUCGACGUCGGUAGGACAUAUAAAGAAUAAAGCUUUUGGAAGAUGGCGGAAGCUGACGUUGAUAAUGAACUUUUGGACUACGAAGAGGAAGAGGAGCCCCAAGGAGCACUGGAGAGUUCGACCCCGGCGAACAAGAAGGCCGUGAAGGGGUCGUACGUGUCCAUCCACAGCUCCGGGUUCAGAGAUUUCCUCCUCAAGCCUGAGCUCCUCCGUGCCAUCAUUGACUGUGGUUUUGAGCAUCCGUCUGAAGUCCAGCACGAGUGUAUCCCUCAAGCCAUCCUGGGCAUGGACAUUCUGUGUCAGGCCAAGUCUGGAAUGGGAAAGACGGCCGUGUUUGUGCUUGCCACCCUGCAGCAGAUUGAACCUGUGGAUGGACAGGUGUCAGUCCUGGUCAUGUGUCACACUCGAGAGCUGGCCUUCCAGAUCAGCAAAGAGUACGAGCGCUUCUCCAAGUACAUGUCCAGCGUCAAAGUGUCGGUCUUCUUCGGUGGCAUGGCCAUCAAGAAAGAUGAGGACGUCCUGCGCCAGAGCUGCCCGCACAUCGUGGUGGGCACGCCCGGGCGCACCCUGGCCCUCAUCCGCAACAAGAACCUCAGCGUGAAGAACAUCAAACACUUUGUGCUCGACGAGUGUGACAAGAUGCUGGAGCAGCUGGACAUGAGACACGACAUCCAGGAGAUCUUUCGGCUGACGCCCCAUGAGAAGCAAGUCAUGAUGUUCAGCGCCACGCUAAGCAAGGAGAUCCGCCCGGUGUGCCGCAAGUUCAUGCAGGAUCCCAUGGAGGUGUUUGUGGAUGACGAGACCAAGCUGACCCUUCAUGGCUUGCAGCAAUACUACUGCAAGUUGAAGGACAGCGAGAAGAAUCGAAAACUCUUUGACCUGCUCGACGUGCUCGAGUUCAACCAGGUGGUGAUAUUUGUGAAGUCGGUGCAUCGCUGUGAGGCGCUGUCCCAGCUGCUGGUUGAGCAGAACUUCCCAGCCAUCGCCAUCCAUGGCGGCAUGGGUCAGGAUCAGAGGUUAACCCGGUACCAGCAGUUUAAAGACUUCCAGCGGCGAAUCCUGGUAGCCACCAACCUGUUCGGCCGAGGCAUGGACAUCGAGCGGGUCAAUAUCGUCUUCAACUACGACAUGCCCGAGGAUUCCGAUUCAUACCUGCACAGGGUGGCUCGCGCCGGCAGAUUUGGCACCAAAGGCCUGGCCGUCAGUUUCGUGUCCGACGAAACUGACGCCAAGACCCUGAACGAGGUCCAAGACCGCUUCGAGGUCAACGUGGCUGAGCUGCCAGAGGAGAUUGACAUCUCCACUUACAUUGAACAGUCCAGAUGAAUCUGAAGUUUCCAGUGAAUUCGAUGUUUGACCCUUGAUGUAUUUUGUUAAGGAAAAAAAACAAGAAGCGAUCUCUCACUGCCAUUAUAUGUUGGCAAGUUUAAUAUUUUUUUUUUUUUAACAUGUUGUUGCUUGUUUAGCGUUUUUCUUUUGACGCAAUGUUGCUUGGUUCAGGAAGUAAACAUUUUAUACAGUA